AUGCUGGAAAGUAAAGAACAUCAAGCUCGUCGACAUGCCAUCAAGGCCGUCGCGCAAAGCAUCUCGCGUCGCCCGGAAAAUCGAUACCAGCACAAAGACUUGGAUGACCUCCCUAUUCAGAUCCUCCACAUGCCCCUAUCCGCCGAUGGGACCCCAUUAUUCAAAUCUGAAUUUUUCUGGCCCUACCAGAAGCCCCUUCCAGACCCGAAUGAGGAGAUAGAGUUCUCGCCCUCCAGCCCGAACGAAGCUAUGAAUCCGCUGGACGAGGCAAUGGUCCUCAGCGACUAUUUCGGGGAAUAUAUCACCGAUGCCACACUUAUUCACAAGGUUGAUUGGCAACAUAAUCCCAGACAGACCAUUGACUUUCCAUGUAUUCUUCACGAAAUUGACCAGGAGAAGUCUUUGGACUGGCGUGUGGAUGGUAUAACUGGCAUUCCGGGUGGACCUCGAAUGAAAUCUCUUCUACUCGAAAGUGUGGAUGCGGACGAUGAACAGAUCACCCGUGGGGAGAUCCUAUGUAUGUGUCGGAUCAUGACUACUUGCCUCCGUUCCAGAAUGUAUCGUGCCCAUCAAGUCAGUCCGGUACUACUCAUUUCUUUCGUGGGCCCGAGACAUGCUCGCAUUCUCCUGGGCCAUCAUGAUGGCACCAACCUGGUGAUCCGUCAGUCUAAACGCUUUGCAUUCUGGGAACGGAACAUACCCGACAUGAAAAUCUUGCUUCGAUGGUGGUGCUCGUCUGCGAUCGGGGAUACCAUUAAUGGGUAG